AUGUCGUCAGAGGAGGAUAUAUUUGGGCUCAUCGAGCUGCAAUACGACCGGCAGCACCGCAUGGAGCGGCUGCUGGACAAUGCACGCAAGUCCGGUCAACUGAAGUCAGUUGGCGGGUUGACGUCUCGUUUGCAGGUUCUCGACACGUACUGGGCUCAGUUCCAGGAUGAUCAUCGCACGAUUCGAGCCUCUCGCCUCAAGACCGUGCGAGAGUCGGAUUACGUGCGACAGGAUGCCUGUGGCACGGUGCAGGAAGUUUACAUUGCACAGCGCGCAGAAAUCCAAACCCUGCUCGAUGGGUUGAGGGUUCAGGAGGCUGAGUCGGCUGCUCACGCGGUCCCCGCGCAGGCGAUAAUGCCCGAGGCUUCGUUGCCUCGCAUUCCCAUUCCGAAGUUCGAAGGGAAGUUUGACGAAUGGCGCAAUUUUAAGGAUCUCUUCGAGUCCUUAAUAGUCGAUAACCCGUCGUUAGCAUCAGUUCACCGGAUGCAUUACUUAAAACAGAGCGUCUCGGGAGAGCCCGAACGUCUACUCCGGCACUACGGCGUCGCUACUGGCUCGUUUGAGCAAGCGUGGAAAGCGCUAUGUGCACGGUACGAUAACCAUCGUUUGCUUGUGGAUCAGCAUUUCGACGCUUUCCGGGAUAUUGGCCCGAUACGCCAAGAGAGCGUCUCCGAGGUCCGGAGGCUGUUAGAUCGAGCCAGCGAGCUGCGGGCCGCCUUGCGCCUUCUUGAGCAGCCAGUAGACGCUUGGGACGUGAUAUUGGUCAAUAUCCUCCGUUCCAAGCUAGACUCUGCUACGCGGCGGGCCUGGAAGAUGGCCACCGCGAAUCGGCGCGAGCCGCUGAGCUGGGACAGACUGGUGGUCUUCCUGGACGAGCGUCGGGUCGCGCUCAAGGCGGUUGCGGUGGUUCCGUCCCUUGGGGGCGGCCCCCGCGCCUCGUCGACUUCCGGGCAGACUGGCAGGCGCUCGCUGCAUCUGCAUCGGCCCGGGCCGACCCGUUGCGCUGAGUGCGGUGCUGAGCACGGACUCAGAGAGUGUUCGGCCUUUAGGGAUCGUCCGGUCUCUUCGCGACAGGCAAGAGUGCGCGCCCUCGGGUUGUGCUUCAACUGCCUCGGUCCGUCGCACCAGGCGGCCGCUUGCCCGUCUAAGGGUCGAUGUUGGGAGUGCGGAGAGCCGCACCAUUCACUUCUGCACUCCGCUCGGCAGUCUCCGGUCCCGACGUCGGAGGAAGGGCCGGUAACGGCGCAUGCUGCGACACGGAUGCCCGCGCAGCGAGUUCUCUUGGCCACGGCCAGGGUUUGUCUGAUGGCGUCCAAUGGGCGAUCCACUGUGGUUCGGGCGCUCAUUGACCAGGGCUCUGAGGUGAGCCUGGUGUCCGAGGCGGUUGCGCAGCGGCUGCGCGCAUUUCGUCGAUCGGUGGAUGUAGGGCUGUCGGGCAUCUCGGUGGGACCCCCUCAGCGGGUACGUGCCAGCACGUCAUUACGGCUUAAAGCAACUGCUGGCGUCCCGUUCUCCACGACAGUGGAGGCCCUCAUCCUACCGCGACUUACGGCGUACCACCCCCCGCAGAUGGCGCAGCUGACGGGGAAGUGGGCGCAUUUGAAGAGCCUUCAGUUGGCGGACAGUUCCGAUAAUGUUGAACCUAUCGAAGCGAUACUUGGGGCGGAAGUGUUCGCCGAGAUAUUGGUGCCUGGCAUUCGCCGAGGACCACGGGGGGCUUCCAUCGCACAGCGUACCCGCUUGGGGUGGGUGCUGUUCGGGGCUCUCCCAUCUACAGCCAGAACGGGCAGCUCUCAUUGUCAUAUGGUGCAGUAUGCGUCGGACAACAUGGCAGAUCUCUUGCGACGCUUUUGGGAGGUGGAGGAGAUUCCGGUUGCUUCCCCGCUCUCUGGGGAGGAGUGGGCUUGUGAGAAGUAUUUCGUGGCGUCCUUUCGGCGCCACGCUGACGGCCGCUAUCAGGUGCGGUUGCCUUUCAGGAGCCCUCCGACUGAGCUGUCUCUCGGCGACACACGGCGGAUUGCCACUGCCUCGAUGCACCGCUUGGGGCGGCGAUUGCUUCGGCAGCCUUCUUUGGGCAAGGCCUAUCGCGACUUUCUUGACGACUAUGAACGACAGGAGCAUAUGAUCCGCCUGCCACUCAAUGUCGAACAACCACGGCCCUCUUACUUUAUUCCACAUCACCCGGUGAUUAAACAAGCCCUCGAGCUUAAAGUUAGAGUGGUGUUCAACGCUUUGCAAGCGUCCACCAAUGGCCAGUCGUUAAACGACUUGGUGCAUGUGGGGCCGCGCUUGCAGCGAGAACUAGGCGAGAUCCUACUUGCUUGGCGCAUGCAUCGAGUGGCCUUCACUGCGGACAUCGAGCAAAUGUUUCGACAAGUUCGGAUGGCUCCGGAGGAUCAACACUUCCAACAGAUUCUCUGGCGAGACAGCCAGACGCGGGCAAUAUCGGUGCACCGGUUGACCACGGUCACCUAUGGCAUGGCGUGCGCUCCUUAUCUGGCCAUCCGCACGCUGCACCAGCUGGCGCUGGAUGAGCGGGAACGUUAUCCCCGGGCAGCAGACUUACUCUGUCGACAAACCUAUGUCGAUGAUAUUCUUGCGGGGGCAGAUGACCUUGAGGAGGCACGCCGUCGACAGCAUGAGCUGAGAAACUUGCUCAUGGCGGGCGGGUUCCGACUCAGGAAGUGGGCGACCUCUCAUCCGGAACUCUUGUCCGGUGUCCCGGAGGGGGACCGCGAGCCCUUGGUACCACUGCCGGACCCUGGAGCCGUGGGGGCAUCUGUGCUGGGGGUCGGUUGGAUUCCGGUCGAGGAUGCCUUCUGCUUUUCGGUCAACUCCGGGGCUCCGUCGGCCCUCUCGAAGCGUGGUAUCUUGUCAGUCGUUGCCUGA